UUAAUCGGCUCUCAAGUAGGCUCGAUCACGUGAAUGGGGGAUUUAAUAUGACAAAAGUUGGAGCAGCCAAAAGCCAAACCCGUCCCUUGCAAGUCUCCAAAGGGUCACAACAAGCCGCGAUUUUGAUCGAGUGCUGACUUGCUUCUCUUCUGUGUAUGAUCCUCCAUUCCAUAUAAGACCUACCCAUCUUCCACAAUUCUACAAUCGCUUUCUUCCUCAUACACAGCCUCUGCAUUUCGGAAAUGGCCCAUUCCACAUUUUCUCAGGUGGCUGUCGCUGUUCCAGUUGGAAAUGAUUUGUCUGUCAAGAGAUCAGUGUUUAAGACAAAUAGCCUAAGAUUCCAUGAGAAGUCAUGGUCACCUGUCUCAGCUCUGAACUUGAAUCUAAGGGGCACUCGAGCAAGAGGUUGGCAAACAGUAUGCAUGUCCGUGCCACAAACAAGUGCACCGAAGGUAUCUGUUGCACCUUUAGACCUUGAAGAUGCCAAAGAGCCUCCAUUGAAUAUAUACAAACCAAAAUCACCUUACACUGCAACUAUCGUUUCGGUUGAAAGACUCGUUGGUCCAAAAGCACCGGGAGAGACUUGUCAUAUUGUAAUUGAUCAUGGCGGCAAUGUUCCCUAUUGGGAAGGUCAGAGCUAUGGUGUUAUUCCUCCAGGUGAAAACCCGAAGAAACCUGGGAAUCCACACAAUGUUCGCCUUUACUCAAUUGCAUCAACUAGGUAUGGAGAUUCUUUUGAUGGCAAGACGGCUAGUUUAUGUGUUCGUCGUGCUGUUUAUUAUGACCCUGAAACUGGAAAGGAGGAUCCUUCAAAGAACGGAGUAUGCAGCAACUUCUUAUGCGACUCGAAGCCCGGAGAUAAAGUUCAGAUCACAGGUCCAUCUGGCAAGAUAAUGCUUCUUCCUGAAGACGACCCAAAUGCCACCCACAUAAUGAUCGCUACUGGCACUGGCGUUGCUCCAUUCAGAGGUUAUCUCCGACGAAUGUUCAUGGAGUCUGUACCGACAUUCAAAUUCGGUGGACUUGCUUGGCUGUUCCUCGGAGUGGCAAACGUCGAUAGUCUUUUAUAUGACGAUGAAUUCAGCAAGUAUCUGAAGGACUAUCCUGAAAACUUCCGCUACGAUCGAGCUCUUAGCAGGGAGCAAAAGAACAAGAGUGGAGGGAAAAUGUACGUCCAGGACAAAAUUGAGGAGUACAGCGACGAAAUCUUUAAACUCCUGGACGGCGGGGCUCACAUAUACUUCUGUGGACUGAAGGGGAUGAUGCCUGGAAUUCAGGACACUCUGAAGAAGGUUGCCGAGCAAAGAGGUGAGAAAUGGGAAGAGAAGCUUUCACAACUUAAAAAGAACAAACAGUGGCAUGUUGAAGUUUACUGAAGUGAAGUUGCAUAGUAUAAGUGCCUGCCUGCAUUCAUCUCCUGUUCUGUGUUACUCUUAGCAUUGCUCAUCUUUCAAUUUCACAAGAUGACGAAUAACGCGGGUACCGCCACGUUAUUCGACUCGUCGAUACUAUUUUUUCUUGAUUACAUAGACCAAGGAAGGAACCUUUCAGCACCUUAAUCUGUGAUUGUUUGAGUAUGAUGCUUGGAAAUGGAAUAAACUUCAGUUUAGAAUCCAA